UGUCAUAUCAGUGUGAAAACAGAGAUCGCGACUGAAAUACGUGGUCAUGUUAUGAAAAAUAACAAAACAAACCUCAUUUUUUGGAAGUCGGUUAAAUAUGUUAAUUAUAAAUUAAUAAUAUAAUCGUUCUCAAUCACGUCCAUCAGAUGUUUUGUUUACUCGUUUAGUCCUUGUUUACUUGUAACAAGUUUGAAAAAAUUGUGUUAAAAGUGUUUUAACUGUAUCAUGGAGAAUUAUUGUGUGUGAUCUGUGUCCGAAAAUCUAAAAGAGAAAAUGGUGAAAAUGUUGGUGAAAGGCUGGCACCUCCUCCGCCGGUACAUCCUGACGGUGGAGCGGUUCGACCUGUUCCUGCAGGGCGCGCUGCUGGUGACCGUGUUCCUGGAGACCAAUGUCCAGCUGCUGCUGCGACGGACCGCUGGACAUUAUUUGCCCAGCGUGGACGAGGACUGGUUGUCCAUCGGUGCUGGUGGUGCGGAAUUCCUCUUCGGCGCGUUCGUGUCGUGGUGGGGUCGCGGGAAGCGGCAGCUGGCGCUGGCGGGCUGGCUCGGCCUCACCGCUGCGGCGGGGCUGGUGGUGCUCGCCUUCCCCUUCCCUGACGCUGAGGUGCCGAGGGUUGAGCUAUGCGGCGGUGAUCCGAUCACGGCAUAUAACACAGCUAUUCCGAAAUCAGAAGUAUCAGGACCGCUGGCUGAUCACGACCCCCUGGCUACCGGCCGCACCGUCGCCCUAGCCGCCACGACCGUGCUCUGCGCGCUGACCAAGAUCAGCGUUUGGGCUCACGGGUUCACGUAUUUGGAUGAUCACCAGCCGGAGAAUGGACCGUAUUUCUAUGGUAUACUCAUCUCCAUCCGCCUAUCCCUGGGCCUCAGCGGUCGGAACUGGCUGCGGGCGGCGUCGCUCAGUUCCACCUGGUGGGAGCCGCAGCUGUCUCUAGCAGCUCUGACUCUCAUGUUCUCCAUCCUCUUCACACUGUUUCCGAGAAAACAGCCGGGAGCUGAGAUUGAGGAACCUGAACUGGAUUGUAUCCUGAACCCCCUGGGCCGGUUACUCCGCAAUCGUGCGAUGAUGCUGCAGGCACUCUCCAUGUCGCUGCUACUCGCCGCCGUCUUCGGUUACGUCAAGUACGAUAAUGAGCUGGUGCAGUCGAAGUUCAACGUGGAGUCGGAGCGUUGGGACCCGCGCACCGCCCGCACCGCGCACGACAUCUUCCGCUCGCUCGUCAUCAUCUUCCUCGUCUCGGUGUUCCGAAUGCGGUUCUCGGGGCGGCGUCGCGACGGCGUCAAGACGGCGGUUGCGGCGCGCGUCGGCGGCGUCGCUGCGGCCGGCGCGGCGGUGCUGUUCGCGGCGCUCGCGGCGAUGACGUGCCGCGCCGCCACAGUUGCCGGCGCCGACGACGUGUACACGCAGCCGGAGUGUAGCAGCAGCUGCGGGUGUCAAUCGGAGCUGUACGGGUUCAGCCCGGUAUGCGCCGUAGAUAGUGCUACUACAUACUACUCGCCCUGCCACGCCGGUUGCCACGAGUAUGAGGACCUUAACGGCUACCUUAUAUUUGGCAACUGCACCUGUGGUACCGGCAGCCUGCGCGCAGUCCGCGGCGGCUGCGGCGUCGACGACUGCUGGACGAUCUACUCCGUCUACCUCGUGCUGUACACCGUAGUGCUCGCCGUCACCGGCGCAGCACUACUGAUGCAGGGUAUGGGCGUCGCGCGCGCGACAAGUCGCCGCGACAAGCCACUGGCGUUCGGCGCGACGUUCGCGCUCGCCGGCCUGCUCGCCAACGUGCUAGGAUACGCGCUCUAUGUGCUUAUUGGCCAUGUAACGUGCAUGUACUACUCGGGCGGGGCGUGCGCGCUGCAGGGCGGGGGCGGGGCGGCGGUGGGCGGGGCCAGCGCGGCGCUCGCGGCGCUGUCCGCCGCCGCCAGCGUGCUCGCCGGCCGCGCCGCUAGUACAGUCGAUAUACCCACUCGGUGA